AUGAGAGCAAUAAAGAAAGGCAAGCGCCCUAUACGUGGGAGCAGCCACGAUGAGAGGAACCAGGUGCUCACCACGUACCUGUGGAUCAGACAGGCCUGGCAUGACGCCUACCUGAAGUGGGACAAGGAAGACUAUGACAACCUGGAGAUGAUCAACAUCCCGAGCGACCUGGUUUGGAAGCCGGACAUCGUCCUCUACAACAAAGCAGAUGAUGAGCCUGCAGAUGCAUCCAGCACUAAUGUGAAGCUGCGAUAUAACGGAGAGAUCAUCUGGGACUCUCCAGCCAUCACAAAGAGCACAUGUGUGGUGGACGUUUCCUACUUCCCCUUCGACUGGCAGCAGUGCAACCUCACCUUUGGCUCCUGGACCUACAACGGCAACCAGGUGGACAUCAGUUUGGGGAUGGACAGUGGUGAUCUGUCUGACUUUGUGGAGAAUGUGGAAUGGGAGUGUCACGGCAUGCCGGCAGUUAGAAACGUCAUGAUGUAUGGCUGCUGCUCCGACCCUUACACUGAAAUCACCUACACCCUGCUCCUGAAGCGCCGCUCCUCUUUCUACAUCUUCAACCUGCUCCUGCCCUGCUUCCUCAUCUCGUUCCUUGCGCCGCUGGGCUUCUACCUGCCGGCAGACUCUGGGGAGAAGGUUUCCCUUGGGGUCACAGUGCUGCUGGCGCUCACUGUGUUCCAGCUGCUGGUGGCUGAGAGCAUGCCUCCUGCAGAGAGCAUGCCCUACAUAGGAAAGUACUACAUAGCCACAAUGACUAUGAUCACAGCCUCCACGUCUCUCACCAUCUUCAUCAUGAACAUUCACUUCUGUGGUGCGGAGGCUAAACCAGUCCCUCACUGGGCCAAGGUGCUCAUCAUAGACUACAUGUCCAAAAUCUUCUUUGUCUACGAGGUGGGAGAGAACUGCACCACGCCGGAGAGCGAGAGGACCCCGCUGUACCCCGAGGAACCCAUGAAUGAUACCGGCGGCUACCACGACGACCAUUUCAACCAGUACCAUCAUGACAGCGACCCGUACAAGUACAGCAAUGGCCACAGCAUGCAUCACCACAGCAGGCAUCACAAAAGCCAGGUUAACGGCAACGCCAACAAAAGCCACCACCAUUACAACAACCAUAACAACCACGUUUCCAGACUGGAGAGGGGAGAGGGGAAGCGGGAGACCACAAAGCACUACCACCACAUCAGGAGGGACGAACUGGACUACCAGGCCCCUCUUCAUCCGCAAAAUCUCCAGCACCUGAACGGAGGGCUGAAGGAGCAGCUCCUCUAUCCCACGGAGAAACUUCAAGUCCCAGCGUGCCCCUGCUGCUGCCCCUGCCUCCAACAUAAACAGGUGGUAAAGAACAUCCAGUACAUCGCCAACUGUUUCCGUGAGCAGAGAGCUACUUGCGUCAAGGCGGCCGAGUGGAAGAAAGUCGCCAAGGUGAUGGAUAGGUUUUUCAUGUGGAUCUUCUUCAUUAUGGUGUUCCUCAUGAGCAUCCUCAUCAUCGCCAAGGCAUCCUGACAGCCUCCUUCAUCACCAUUGUGAUAACAUUCAUCCUCCAUCACCCCAUUUUUAAUUCAAAGCAGCACAAAUCAGAACUGUUUUAUAUGUGUGUCAGUAUUGUGUGUGUACGUGCGGUUGUGUAAGUUCAUUGUUUUUUUUGCUUUGAUAUAAAGAGGACGAGGUCACCGCGCACCAAUCAUCCGUUCAACCACGAAGGCACAGAAGCACAGAGUUCAUCAAAGCCUCUUGGUUAGUUAACGUCAGGUGUGCUCGCAUGUGUGACGAAGCAGCAGAGUGGUAAGACAAUCUAGGCCUCGCCUUGAACAUGCAUGGAUUCUCCAUUAUUGAUGAGCUAACAGCCAGACAUCCCGCUAUAGGCAUUAUGUUACUUACAAUGCGUUUCAGGCAACCAGAUGAUGCUGCUUUCCAGAGUCAGGUUCAAUGAGAGCAGCAGCAGAUUAACCUUAAAUACCUUAUAUAUGGUUAAUGAUCCCAGGGCUGUCCUUGUGCUAAUCAUCAUGGAAAAAUGUGCACUGUGAAAACAUUUAGUGUUUUUUUUAGUCUAGAUGAUAAGAAAUUGGUUUACAUUAGUUGUCAAUACUUGAAUGAGAGACUUGG